CACUGAUUGGCAGCACUGAUAGGUGGCACUGAUUGGCAUUGAUAGUUGGCACUGACUGGCACUGAUGGGUGACAUUGAAAUGCAGCUCAGAUGGGCACUGAUAUGUGGCAUUGAUGUGCACUGGUAUGCACUGAUAUGUGGCACUGAUGGGCACUGACACAUGGCACUGAUGAGCACUGACAGGUGGCACUUCUGGGGCCACACUGAUCAUCAGGGCACACUGAUGAUCAGUGCCCUGAUGAUCACUGUCAGCGUGACAGCUCGAGAGGAGAGAAAUGCCGAUAACCGGCAUUUCCGUGUUUACAUGUGAUCAGCUGUGAUUGG